CGCGGCUGUAGAUUGCGAACGACAUCGUCAUGUCUCUGAGCAGGACCUCCAGCAUGCUCCGUCAGCGCCUCUUGCCGUCUCUCCGCACUCGUGGCGGCUCCGCGACGUCUGGACACAGCCGAUGGACUUCUCCGGGCCACGAGGAGCGGCCCAAAGGGUACCUCUUCAACCGAACCCCUCUACCAGCGGGACAAUCGCGUAAGUGGGAAGACUGGGAAUUGCCUUGCUACAUCGGCAGCUUCGGCACCAUUGUCAUUCUUGGAGUGGGACUCAACGCCAAGCCCGAUCUCACAAUCGAGACCUGGGCCCACAAUAAGGCCCUCGAGCGUCUUCAGAUGGAGGACGCUGCCGCUUCUACUGAAUCCGAUUGAAUCGGCAUCUGGGUAUGGGGAUUUUUACUUUUUUUUUGGGUAUCAACAAGGAUUGAUGAUUUUUUGGUGAUAUGUGAUGUAGAAUAAGGUUUUCAAAGGUGAAUCUUUGCCUCUGUUUCUUUUGAAUGAUUCCUUGUUGUUUCAAAUGUUAAGAUAUUGCAUUCCAAUUUGAUGGUUCUGCGAGAGUUCUUCUCCACUUCUA